UAACCUUCACUCCCGACACUACAGAAAACCGUAUGAAUAUGACCACGAACAUAGUUUGAUAUCUAUAAUUAACUACGUUACACUUAUUUUUUUGUCUAAAUGGAAUUAGGCAUUGUGGCUGGAUUUGAAGACUUCUUUCCGUCCAUAAUCGAGAAAUUGGGAGGAGAAGGCUUCAUGGUGGAGCUCUGUGACGGGUUAAGGUCAUUGAUAGACAAGGAUAAGGGAUUGAUCACAAUCAAGAGCUUGAAGAGAGGAACAAGAUUUCCUUGGGAUUGGAUGAGAUUGGAGACGACUACAUCGUUUGCAUGUUGAGUGAAGAUGAUUUAGAUAGUAAUGGAUUUUCCAAGUGGAUUGGUAAAAUCUGAAGUUCUAAAUAGUUAUAAUUAUAAUAGAGAUAUUCACAUAUUCAUGUAAAAGAAUGUUGGAGCAUAUAAACAUAUAAAUAAAGUGUAACUAAAUAUUGUAUAAAAAUUUUAUAACGAUGAGAAAUAAAGUAUUAAAAUUCAA